AGAGUCACGCAUGCGCUUUGGCCAGCCGCUCUGCCGCUGGGAGGUACGGGUCCUGCGUGGGCGUGACGUUAGCUCGUGCCGCAGCCUGUGGCGGCCUGGCCGGGUCAGGGAUGGCGGCCGCCGGGGAGCCGGAGGUGGAGGACCCGCUGUGGAGCUUUGUGCGUGUUCUGGAGAAGCGGGAUGGGACAGUGCUUCGACUGCAGCAGUACGGCUCCGGAGGCGUGGGUUGCGUUGUGUGGGACGCCGCCAUCGUCCUUUCCAAAUACCUGGAGACGCCGGGGUUUUCUGGCGACGGGGCCCACGCGCUGAGUCGGCGCUCAGUGCUGGAGCUGGGCUCCGGCACGGGCGCCGUGGGGCUCAUGGCUGCCACCCUCGGGGCAGACGUUAUAGUCACUGAUCUUGAGGAGCUGCAAGACUUGCUGAAAAUGAAUAUUAAUAUGAACAAGCAUCUUGUGACUGGUUCUGUUCAAGCCAAGGUACUGAAAUGGGGUGAAGACAUAGAAGACUUGAUGUCACCAGACUACAUAUUGAUGGCAGACUGUAUAUACUAUGAAGAGUCCUUGGAACCAUUACUGAAAACAUUAAAAGAUCUCAGUGGAUCUGAAACUUGUAUUAUAUGUUGUUACGAACAACGUACAAUGGGGAAAAAUCCAGAAAUUGAGAAGAAGUAUUUUGAGCUCCUGCAGCUAGACUUUGACUUUGAAGAAAUCCCUUUGGACAAACAUGACGAGGAAUACCGAAGUGAAGACAUUCAUAUUGUAUACAUCAGAAAGAAAAAGCCAGUACGUGCAUUCACAGUUCUUCAUAUCUGAUUUGGUCAGCUGGUUCUUGUCUGUGCGCUAAGCUAUGGCCAGGUUCAUCACCACCACAUAGUGCAAAAGAGCUGUGCUGACUGGCAUGCAGUAUUUCCUUUGUUCUCCUGUCUCGCCUUGGAGUCUUGGUCAUAGUCUCAGGACUCUUGGAGACCAGGCUGGGCUACACAGUGGGACACUAUAUCAAAAAUCAUGUAAGGCUGCCUUUGUUUCUACCAUGCUGGAAAAGGAACCUUUGGCCUGACACGAUAGGCAAGCUGUCUACCACUGAGCUAAGCCCCCAGCCUGGUAGGCCCCUUUAAAGUCCUUUCAGUUACAAAUCAAAUGGCUGAGUAACUGAGAAUGUCUGUGAGCAGUUAUUUUAGGACAGUAAGAUACAGAAAAGUUUAUCGUGCUCCCUUCAGUCCUGGAUUUGAGUGGCCUUACCUGUGGGGCCUGUGAGCAGGCUGUAAGUAGUGGCCAAGAAUGUGUGACAAAAGAGACCUAGUCACCUGGCCGAUGGUGAGAAAAGAAGGGGGCGGGCUCCACGGCUGGUCUUUAAGGGCAUUAUAUACCAUGUAUAUACAGUAUAUGUACAGGUGUGUGUGUGUGUGUGUGUGUGUUCGUGUUCUCAGUGUUCCGGUGCUCCUCACAGUGCCUCAAGGGGUUCUGUAGAUUACACUUCUGACUUUUCUAAAGGCUAGUUGUAACAUUUAGACUUAAUCAUCCUCAUUUUCCUUUUACAAGGAAAUUGGGCAGGCUGCUGUCAGCCUGGCGGUCUUCCUGUCAGACCGGCGUUUCAGUGUUCAUGUGUUUCAGUGCUCGCCUAUAUUGCACCUGCAGUUCAAGCCUGUGGCAGGGGGAGUCUUGUGUGCCUGAUUGUGGAUGUGGGUGCCGUAAAGCAGAGACAUCGGUUUCACUAAUGACGCUAAAAUCUAGCAUGUUCCACUUCUUUCUGAUGAUUUUGCUCUGAUGGAGUUCAAUGAACACCUGGCUUACUCUGCUUUUCUAAUGAUAAGGAUUCUAGCCAACACCACGGUUUUAGGGACCAGGAGUGGCGGGGUAAGGGGGUUAUAAUUCAGACUGGUGUGGAAGGUGCUGAAAAGGCAAAGAAAAUAUGUUCUGUGCCUUAGGGGAUGCAGUGUUUGCUGAAGCUGCUGUACAGUUUUCAAAGUAGAAUUUUUUUGAGGCCUAAAUAUCCUUUAUGUUUCUGAAUAUAAAGGGUUGUAUUGUUUUUAAAAGACCUGUUUCCUGUAUAAAGUCUUUUUAUCACCAGACAGGAAAUGUCGCCAGCGUUCAGUCCAUGCUGUGUACUCUGCGAGCUUUACAAGUCUGAUCUUGUCCUGUGUUCGUCUGUGUCUUGAUCUCUUUAUCCAGCAAAGUGUUUUCCGGUCCCUCCGUGUCGCAUGCCUCGCCUCAUCCUCAUCCUCACCUCACCUCACCUCAUCCUCCCUCCUCUUUCUGGGUCACAUCCCCGAGCGUGGUUCUGCUUGCUAAGCCACUCUCGGUCAUCAGCUGGUGACUUUUCUCCCGUGUGCUUCUGGUCUGUAAGUAAUGACCCUGCCAGGAACACGUGUGUACAGAGUCUUCACAGUAUGGUGAAGUCUCCAAAGCUUCCCAAAGCUGCGGUUUUCUCUGCACCGUCCCACCAUGGGUGUGCAAGGGCUCCACCAUGGGUGUGCAAGGGCUCCACUGCUACAAGUCUCACUCAUAUACUGGUGCUGUCUGUCCUUUUCCUCUCAGCUGUUGGAGCAGAGAACACACAGGAUUUCACUGUGGGUUUUUUCUUAAUGAUAUUUAGCAUCUUCUUGUGUCACUGGAGAAAUAUUUGCCCGUUUUUAAAUUGUGAUGUCUUAGACAUUCUAUGAAUCCUUUACCACUUGAUACCAGAUGUGCAGUUUACAAAUUUCUCCUAUUCUGUGGGUGUCUUAAAUUUUAUGAUACUGUUGUUUUUGCCACACAACGGCUUUUAAUUUUGAUAAUAUUCAUAAUCUGUUUCUUCUUGAUUGCUUUAGAUGUCAGCUAAGAACUGUUUCUCUUGAAGUGCAUUUAGCCACUACUUGGUGUUGUCAAAUUAAUGUUUAAACUCUCCCCCUUUC